AUGCAACAAGCCUCUUCGCCCGUCCUCCAGCAGCAGCUUCGAUUGCACCCUGAGUCUCUUCAGACGCUCCACCAGUCGACCGAUGGCACGUUGUACUCCCACCACCACCAGGGGCUGCCCGAGCUUCAGACCCUACACACCACCGACAUAGUAUACCAACAACCAUACGCCCUGACCGGCCCACCCCAACCACAGCCUCCGUCGCAUGCCCUGCCCGUCCACUUUGAGCAGCGUGGCCUGCCGCCUUCUGGAUCCUAUCCACCAUUCCCGGCUGCGAGCUACCAGCAACAUGUCGCCAGCCCGCGUUUCAUAGAUGCGCCCCCUCCCCCGCUCCAGGAACAUACCCAACAACACUACCAUAUCGCUGCACCCGAGGUAGCGCAAAAGCCAAUUCAGCAGCUCCCUUUCUCGCCGUCUGUACCGACCACACUCCAAACGACCCAUCCCUUGCCACAGCACGUAGAACAGGCGCCUCUCCAGCAGCAGCAGCAGCAGCAGCAGCCGCAACCGCAACCACAACCGCAGACGCAGAAGCAGCGUCAGGAAGGGCGCGACGGUGAUGACGCCCCAUUCUCGAGCCAUGGCCAAUUUCAAGGCCUCAAGCUCAUUCCGAACCCGCCAAAUUUAGAAGAAUGGAGAAAAAGGCUUUUUCACGUGGAUGACAUGAUCACGUUGACCGAGGAGCAGUUCCAAACCUAUUUCCCACACAUCGACAACAUCUACUCGCAUCGCUCGACGCAAAAACACAAACGCAAGCGCUUUGUAUCCCAUUACUGGGACUGUCGGCUAAAGGGGCGUCCGCCAGGGACCAAGAAGUCCACAGACCCAGACAAGAAGAAGCGGAAGAGAGUAGCGCGAGAGCGAGAUUUGUGCGAUGUGAAGAUCAAAAUCACCGAGUUUUUUGAUCGUCAAGAGUAUGAAGAACAGCUUGGACGCCCGCCUCCAGGUACCGAGAAUGACGGUCCAAGUUCGAUAUCAACACAACCACCAAUGAACCCGGGCCAGGUGGUAGAUCAAAAUCAGAGCCCAAAUCCUCAGUUCUUCGGUCAAGGUCCUUUGCUGUCACAACAGCCAGCUGGAGCUUGGGACAUGCCUCCAAAUAUGAGCGGCCAACCAGAGGUGAGCCUACAACAGUAUAUGCCGCCACCCAGUCUUCCGCCCCAAAAGUUCUACACCUUUCAAAGGGUGAACGGGAACGGUGGAAAUGGCAAAGGUGAUGGUGUUGCUGGACCACAUAAACAUACCCUUGAAGAAAGUGAUCGAGUGAAGAAGAAUAGUGUUAUCAGAUGGCAGAUGAAAGCGGACAAAGAAGACAAAAAGAAAUCGCAUGGCGGAGAUCCUUCCAAAAAGACAUACCACAAAAAGGCCACUGGCAAUGCUUUGACAACAGUAAAGAACCACUCAAAAGAAGAUGAUCUCAAGUUGUACGGCAGCGCAUUUUGCCCUUUCGUGCAGCGUGUCUGGAUAUCACUAGAGCACAAGCAGAUACCCUAUCAGUACAUUGAAGUCGAUCCCUACAAAAAGCCACAGAGCCUUCUUGACGUCAAUCCACGUGGUUUGGUACCUGCGAUUAGGCAUGGCCCAACAUGGUCAACCCAUGAGUCUACGGUAAUUAUGGAGUAUCUCGAAGACCUCCAGAAAGGGCCGCCUCUCCUACCUCCUGAUGCCCAGAGCCGUGCUACGUCAAGACUCUGGUCCGAUCACAUCAAUCGCAACAUUAUUCCUUGCUUCUACAAGCUCCUCCAAGCUCAGGACCAAAACGAUCAAGUUUCGCAUGCCACCGAGUUUCGUAAUCAAAUUGGAAAGCUCGUCGAUGCAGCAGAUCCUACGGGGCCUUUUUUCCUUGGUCCCCAUAUUUCUUUCGUAGACGUGCAGAUUGCACCUUGGAUCAUCCGGUUACGAAGAGUGCUGGGGCCAUACAGGGGAUGGCCAGAGGCCGAGGCAGGGAGCAGGUGGAAGCAGUGGGUCGAUGCAAUUGAAGCGGAUAAGAAUGUAAAGAUGACUACGAGCACCGAUGAGCUUUAUCUGGAUAGCUACGAGAGGUAUGCUGAAAACAGACCGGGAACGAGUCAGCUAGCAGACGCUGUCAACAGCGGCAGGGGGCUGCCUUGA